UUGUUGUUUUGCGCUGAUCUCCCAUUAAGAACGUUUUGUGUUUACAUCAUGUGUUGUGUUGCUAGGCAACAGCUAAACACGGCAAAUGCUACGCACACGACCACUCCGUGAGUUUUCUUUGAAAAAGAAAUGUAACUUUAAUCAAUACUGGGUUUAUUUGAAUGCAAUUUAAAAAAUUUUAAACCUUUUUUGGAUUCCAUAUAUUAUAAUUUAAUUUCUUUUUUUUUCCGGAUCUGGUGACUUUUUAUUUUUUUAUGAAGCUAAAAUGAAUCCAAACUAUGGUUCUCUUGUUAAGAAAGCUAUUGGGCUCCUUGACAAUUUUGAAAGUAAAAGACAAAGUCUGGAUGCUUUUUUGGAAGAAGCGUUACAGAAUCUGCAGGACACGGAUACUCAGCAAAGAAAGUUUAUACUUAACAUCGUCUCUGAAUGCAUUGAGCAAAAAAAGCUGCUGGAUGUUGUUGUCAAUGCUUUCUAUGACACAACUGGAAAACUGAUGUCAAGAAGAGAUCGCAAUCAGUUUGUCAUCAUCUGUUACCUAACACUUUCUCUUGAUGACCUUGGACUUCAAAAUUUCUGCAACAUAAUUAAAUCUAUUGGCACCAAGAACAUAUGCAUGUUCUUGAACUUCUAUUUGUCAAACCUCACCUCAUGGAUAAAAGAGGAGUGGAGCUGCAUCAUUGAUGCUGCGUUUGUGGAAGAAUACUGGAUUAACCCUCUGCUCAGAUGGCGCCCUGAAAUCUACAAGCUACUUUCCCUGCUGGCUGCGAAAACAUGUCAAGACAACCAAAAAAUGAAAGUUACCUCAAAAGUCACAGUGCCUCAGGAGUUCUCCUUCAGCAAGCCCAAACCCAGACUUUCAUCUAUGCCGGAGCUCAACCAAGAGCAGGAAAAACCCAAACCAGAACCAAGCAGGACUCAAAGACCUCCAAAGGAAAUGCAGAUUUUAAAAGAGAACAAAGAAAAAAAUCAUCAAAAGACUGAGGCUGGCAGCUUUUUGGUCAAACUAAACAAAGCAGCCAUUCUGAGGAGGGAAGCGCUGUGUGACCAACAGCUAGAGCAGGAACUGCAGAGACAAGAGUGGCUGAUGCAAGGAGGCCUGGAGCCUUCAGCGUUCCUGCAGUGGCAAAGGGAAAUGCUGACCAGGGAUAAGCUGCCAAUGACUGAGAAAAAACAGCUUGAAGCACAAAUCAGGGAUGAGAGGAUCGCUCUGGCUCGUGAACAGAUAACCGAUCGCAACCAGAAGACAGCACAGCAGACAAAAGAAGAGAUUUGUCAGUUGAUGCAAGAAAUUGCAGAGGAACGAAUCCAGGAGGAACAAAAAAAGAAAGACUUGGUGCAACAAGUGGCAGAAACCCACAAAAAUUCAAAAGAAGCUAAAGAGAAAUUAAAGAAAUUGAAGCAAACCAUAGUGAAGGAAGUUUCAGAGGAAAGUCAGGAACUUCUCUUUCAAGCAUUAGAGGAGAAACAAGCUGAACUCUGCAAAAGAUUUGAAAUGAUCCAUGAAAUCCACACCAAGGAAUCCCAGCCUCGAGUCCGACUCAACCAGUUUGAUGACACAAAAACUGCAGGGCACGGCCUUCUGGAAGAGAUGCCCCUGGCUGAGCUCCGACUGCGUCUGGACCUGCUGAAGGUAGAACGGCAAACAGAGGAGCAGGAGAGACGCAUGCAGAUCCUGCAGGAGAAGCAGAAGCAGGAGGAGCUGCUCCAAAAGAGGCUGGAAGCUAUUGAGCUCCACAGCAGAGCACUAGCAGAGGCAGCAGCCAUCAGGAGGACAGAGAAGCAGGCCAGAGAGGAGCUUCUCCAGCAGUCGUUGGAUAAGGAUGAGACCGUUUUGGCUCUACGGAAGGAGCUCGAACAGACGAAGCAGGCACGCCAACAGCUGAAGCAAGCCAAAAAAAGCAAGGCCAAGGCGCAUUCUGCCACCCCCAUGGGGACGGCCAGCCAGGCGGGCUUCAAAGAAAAAAAGUGGGAGGAACUGGAGCAGAGUUUAUCCCGCUUCAUCCAAAACACUUUUGUUGAGAAGUCUUAGCGAUGAACACAUAUGCAGCAAAUGUAUGACAAUGUCUCACUCCCGUUGGUUUAUUUAAAGAAUGGUCAAAUAAACAUCUGCUUCUGCUUA